GCAGGGUUCGUUUGUCUAUUGUCAUCGCGCUUUGUGUCCUUUGUUGCUGGUCAACAUUAAGACUCUUCGGUUUUUCCGCCCUAUUGUCAGCCACUUUCCGUCGACUCGUGAUAUUUUUUUCCCCUCUUCCUCGCCUGUUCGAAAUUAAAAAAAGUUCUGUCUCUCGAAUUCGAUAUCUCGGAAGCACAUCCCCCCAAUCAAGCCAUUGACAUCACAACAUCGCCGCCAUGGGUGUCUUCCAAGUCGUCAAGCUGUUCUUCAACCCUUACAAGCUCCUUCGCUUGCUCCCCUUCACCCUCAUCAUUCCCAUCGUCCUCUUUGAUGCUCUGUCGCUCUCGGGUUGCGUCUCGACGUCUCCCGGCAUCCCCGGCCUCUAUGUCGUCUCACUGCGGUCAACAAAGAACACGACUGCUCUGGCUGACGUGCAAGUCCGGAUCGGGUAUUUUGGCAUCUGUGGCACCGAUGGCUCCGGAUUCCGCUGCCAAUCGUCGUCCAAGAGCUCCGCGUCCGACGCCGUGACGGCGAACCUGUUCCCCGGGCUCGGUCUCGGCAACACGACGACAACCUCCAACAAGUCCAGCAACACGACAGUCGGCAGCAUCGUAGGUCCGGCCAACGCGGUGGACGUGCACGAGCUGGUAGCAACAGCGCUUGAACUGCAGGUGCAGAUCUUCAUCUCGAUCCUGGCGGGCGGGGCGUUCCUGUUCGCCUCGGGCCUGGUGUUCCUGGUGCUGCACAAACGCGACGCGGCGAGCCCGAACCCGGACAAGCCGCGGCGCAGCGCCAUCCUCAAGCGCGGCACGUACGGCCUGCUGUACCUGUCGGCGGCGCUCGUCUUCACCGCGUCGCUCGCCACUAGCGAGACGGCCGGCGCCCUCGCCUACGCGUCCUCAACUAUCCGCAACGCCCCCGUCCUCAUCUCCGAGGGCAUCGCCCUGCCCGUCCUCCAGUGGAUGGCCUUUGGGUUUACGCUCCUCUUCACCCUCGCCGUGCCCUGGAUCGCCCGCCCCGGCUAUGUCACGUCGCUGGUGCGCUCGCAGAAGAAGGAGCAGCAGCCGGACAAGGAGAUGGCUUGA